AUGUUAUUCUGUCCAUCAUGUGCUAAUAUGUUGUUGGUUGAGAAAGGUGAGCCCAAUACAAGAUUUUAUUGUCCUACAUGUCCAUACAUUUUCAACAUUCAAAAUAAAGUAGUCACAAAAGUACCGCUCAUUCGUAAAAAUAUUGAAGUCGAUGUAUUCGGUGGUGAUGAUGCAUGGUUAGAUUCACAACAAACAGAUGCUCAUUGUCCAACAUGUAAAGAAAGAAGAAGAGUAUAUCUUAUGGAGAUUCAAGUUUAUCCAAUAGAUGAACCUAAAACAACUUAUUAUAAAUGUACAAUUUGUGGAGGUAGAUGGAAACAUCAAUAA